AGGUGUCAAUUCUUUCAAGACAUUUAUGGCAUACAAAGAUGUAAUGAUGACAACGGAUGAAGAAAUGUAUCACAUUUACUCCAAGUGCAAAGAUAUUGGAGCCCUAGCCAUGGUCCAUGCCGAAAAUGGUGACUUAAUUCACGAGGUAUACAUUUCAAGGCAUAUUUUUCCCAACCAGAAUUAUGAAGCCUGUUGAUCAAGCCCUCGUAUCACAGUGUGUGGAGUGUUUUAUUUUGUAUUUUAGUGCUCCAAAAAAAUGGUAAACCUUGGUAUCACUGGUCCCGAAGGACAUGAAAUGUGUCGUCCAGAAUGGGUAAGCUUUAUAACAUUCCAAGCUACUUUACGUACCUUAACCUGCAGAACUUCCCCAUGCAUUGACGAGUAAAAUCGUCUGGCGUUCGAAAUCGUCUGGCCCUCGAAAUCGUCUGGCCUUCGAAAACGAGGUCGGCAUUCAGCAAUGCCAACCUAUCAAUCUCCCAGGUCGGCAAAUUUUUGCUAACCUUAAUUCAGCCAAAGUAAGAAUGUUUUGGUGCUGAUGUAGCUGUUAAAAAGUCAGCGAUUAUAGAAUUCGAUUCGUAGUUCGAUUAAGUGAACACACUUUGGUUAAAAAUUGAUGGGUAUAUUCUAUAUAUAAUUUAGGCAAGACUCCAAAAGAAAAGUUGUGGUAUUACUAUUAACUGUAGUUUGUGUUUAUAUUCCAAUUUCAAUGAUUACUAGUGCUCCAAGACAUGGAAACAGAUUUUAAAAAAUGCGGAGACAUGCCGACCAAGGUCAGAUUUAGGUCGGCAUUUUUUUGCCGACCUCAAUUUUGACGGUUUUCGAGGGCUGAUAAACCUUGUACUACACACUAAAUUCAGACAGUGGACUCUUUUGUGAGUUUGGACACCAAAUUAAUGAAAUUUUCAUUUCAAGGUUGAGGCUGAAGCGACACUUCGAGCCAUCACCAUAGCCAGUCAGGUAAGGGCUAUCUUUGAAAAUAUGGAUGAAGCAUAGUUGGAUGAAGCUGUUCUCAGGUUUCAUCUGUAGAAGACCACAGGCUAGUGGCCGAAAGCUUGUCAAAAAUUAUAAUUUUUUUUGCUCAGAGAACAACUCGUUUUAUUAUACCGUAUCUUGAUUGACUAUGGUUCUAGUUUUGUAGUCAUAUAAAAAAAUUGUGUAUUUUCCUAUUGUUUCCAGGUGAACUGCCCAUUAUACGUUGUUCAUGUUAUGAGUAAAAGUAGUGCCGAGGUGAUCGCCGACGCCCGCAGGAGAGGAUGUGUGACGUUUGGUGAACCUAUUGCUGCCUGCCUCGGCACAGAUGGUACUAAUUAUUGGCAUAAAUGUUGGCGACAUGCUGCGGGUCAUGUGAUGGGACCUCCAUUACGUCCAGACACUACCACGCCCGCCUAUCUCAUGGACCUCCUCGCUAAGUAAGUUUGGAUUUAUAUAUCCUUACAGGUAUUUUUUUUACAAAACAUUUGGUUUCGAAGAUGGGAACCUUGAAUGAUAUGGAUGGGUUUUAUAUUACAUAAUAUUGAUGUGAAUUUUUACUGUAUAUGUGAAUAUUGAUGUGAAUUUUUUUUACAAAACAUUUGGUUUCAAAGAUGGGAACCUUGAAUGAUAUGGAUGGGUUUUAUAUUACAUAAUAUUGUAUAUGUGAAUAUUGAUGUGAAUACCACCAUCAUCUCUACCACCAUCAUCACCACGCCACAAUCACCACGCCACAAUCACCAUCAUCAUUCUAACCACCAUUAUCACAUGAAUCAUCAUCACCAUCAGCCCUCGAAAACAAGGUUGGCAUUUUUUUUACCUACCUUAAUUCAGCCAAAUUAAGAAUUUUUUGGUGCUGAUAGUUGUUAAAAAGUCAACGAUUAUAGAAUUUGUUUCGUAGUUCAAUUAACUAAACACACUUCGGUCUAAGGUUAAAAAUUGACGAGUAUUCUAUAUAUAUAAUUUAGGUAAGACUCCAAAAGAAAAGUUGUCGUGUUACGGUAGUUCAUGUUUCCACAGAAAACGGCAUGCUUUAUAUUCCGAUUUCAAUUAUUCGUAAAAACGUGAUUACUAGUGCUCCAAAACAUGGAAACAGAUUUUUAAAAAAUGCCGAGACGUGCCAACCUAGGUCAGAUUUACUGUAGGUCAGCAUAUUUUUGCAUCACCAUAUCACCUUAAUCAUGACAUGACCAUCAUUAGUAUUAUUGAUUUUUGUUUCAGUGGUGAUCUUCAAUGCACAGGAACUGAUAACUGUACAUUUAGUGCAAACCAAAAAGCUCUGGGCAAAGAUGACUUUAGAAAAAUACCUAACGGUGUAAAUGGUAAGUUUGUAAAUGCUCAUAUAUAUUUAUAUGUUUACAUUAUUUUGAAAUUUUAUUUUUACUGCUCAUCUCUCAUUAGUCCAGUGUUACUACAGGUUGAAACCUAAACUAAACCAACUUAUACUGGAUAGCUGUAUCAGUUCUAAACUGUUCCCCCUAGAGGUCCAGUAAGUGUAAUCUCUUAUUCAUCCAGUGUUACUAGAGGAGGAAACCUAAACUAAACUAACUAUUCUAAACUGUUCUUGCUAGAGGCCCAGUAAGAGUCAUCUCUUAUUGAUCAAGUGUUACUAAACUAAACUUUAUUUAUACUGGAUAGCUUUAUCAGUUCUAAACUGUUCUCCCUAGAGGUCCGACACACGUAAUAACCGCUGUUCUACCAAUUUUGUUCUAUAGGUGUCGAGGACCGCAUGUCUGUUAUCUGGGAAAAGGGCGUGGUAAGUUGGAUUUUGUUUCAUUUGUCAACAGCUAGUGUACUGUAAAUUUAGAAAACAACCCUGAAAGAGUCGUUCUUUGGUGUUGAAUUUUCUUUUGACUUUUAUGUCAAGAAAUUUUGCCGAGUGCAAUCAUUCAAUCUCUUUAUAUUGUGUAGCAUAGCGGCAAGAUGGAUCCGUGUCGAUUUGUAGCAGUUACAAGCACAGAGGCAGCGAAAAUUUUCAAUAUUUAUCCUCAAAAGGUGAGCAGAUUUUGAUAUGACACUUGUGUAUGUGACAUUCUGUGCAUCUAGUAUGAAAGUUAAGCAGUGAAAAUCACACAUUUUAGAGUUAACUACUCGAGUUGCAUUGUGCCCUGACACGCCCUAUUUUACUCUGUCUAAUGCCAAACCAUUUUACUCAUCAAGGGGAAAGUUGUAGCAGCACUCGAUGGGUUAACCCUUUAAGUGACAAUGCACCCUGAUGCGCCCUACAUUAGUAUUUUACUCUGUCUAACGCCAGACGAUUUUACUCGUCAAGUGGAGACUGCUGCCACUCAAUGGGUUAAUCAAACUAUCUGCCCAUAUGACCCAUUAUAUUGCCCUACUGUAUUUUUUCAAUCAGCAAGGUGAGAACGCUUGUACUCAGUGGGUUAAUAUGAUCUGAAGAACCUAUUGAGUGGCAGAGCUCGCCCUCAAUUUUGAAGUUACAGUAGACCUGUUAAUUUCUUAAUUCAAUUUGAUUCCUCAAAUUUAUUCAGUUUUUCUCUCGUUUUUCAGGGUCGUAUAGCGGUUGGUUCUGAUGCUGAUGUUAUUAUAUGGGAUCCCAAUGCCACCCGAGUUAUCUCGUGCAAGACACAUCAUCAGGUAAAAAAUAUCAAGUCUUUAGAGAUAAAGUUGAAUACACAGUCGAACCUCGGCCAAAAGAGGAUGAGAAGAUCUCUAUGAGCAUUGCAACUCUCGCUUGCAUUUGACUACCAACUUUCAUCAACUAUCAUGCAUUCUCACUAACUUUCAUAAACUCGCUAGUUUAGAUGAGAGUUUGAGCUCAUUUGACCUGGAAUAUACCCAGUUUGCUUUUGUUGACUACUGUAGCUCUCAUUAGUGAGCUUAAGAUGCACCAAAUCUACGACGCACACGUGAAGAAAAACUGUAACUAUUCCUACAGUUUCACUACGCGGAUAAAAAUUACGGCAUCCAGUUGGUAAACAAAGUCAGAGACACAAGUAAAGCAAAAAAUAAAACUGUAUUCCAAACAUUAGCAACGGUUUUUAUGUCACGUCCGCGUCGUAGAUUUGGUGCAUCUUAUAAGCUCGCUAUUACGGGAGUGCAUGAGAGUUGGGAGUCACGCGACCUUGGUAGCUUUUCUUAAUGCUUUCCCAACACUAUCAUGUAUUCUAUUUAAGUUACUGUAAAACGUAGUUGGAACACUCAUCAUGUUCUCUGUCAUGCCGUACGUCUCAUCAACUUUCAUUAUCGUUUGACCAUAAUAUCCAGACAAUUCUCACCCUCCUAUUUUGUGUGAAAGUCUUUAACUCUAACGCCUACCCCUGUAAAAAAACUCGCUCAGCGUUGCUGCUUGCACCCAACUAGAAAUUUUUCCAUCCCUCCUUUUUUCAAACGCCCUUUUGCAAACGCCCUUUUGCAAUUGUAGUUCAGAAAGGGUUGUCCGAAUAGAAAUCCAUUUUGAUGUAUUCAGUCAAUUAUAUCUUUCGUUAUUCUUUAUGAAACUAGUUGAAAUUUUGUAAUUAUGUUUGGUUAUGAGAACCAUAGCUCUGACAAAAAUAUGGAAUCGAAAUAAAGUAUAUUACAGGAGAUAUUCAGUUGUUUUAAUCACAAAAUGGAUUUCUAUUUGACAACUAGUGCCAGCACUUUUCCGCGUAUCAAGAUCAUCUGGAUAGAAAUGUAUUUUCUCCAUUGUAUAUAUAGCAAGUGGAUUUCAACAUAUUCGAAGGUUUGGAUUGUCAUGGUGUUUGUCAAGCAACUGUUUCGCGUGGUGUAGUCGUGUACGAGGAUGGCGAGGUCAUUUAUGUUUAAAGCUUUCAUUUUCUCGGCUUAGGGACCGUUCAUUAUUUAUACCUGCGGUUGGUACAGAAGAGAAGCGAAAAACAAUGUAAAUUUUUUAUUUACCCAACCUUAACAUUGGUCAAAAUAACUUUUACCCAACCCAUGUGUUACUGUACGUCAUAAUAAUUAAGCACACAAGAUUAUCGUGACAGAAAUCAAGUUGUCUAAAUUCUAAAAGCUCACUCACACUCAAACUCACUGAGUGUGCCAAAGCAAUCACGUUCCUGCUGAUCAAUGAUAGACUCCUUCCUCGAUCACUGAUGGUCUAUUUUGGUACAGAAUGCACUGUACACAUUUUUCUUCAUAUUUCAUAAUGCAUGGUAAUUUUGGUUUUAUUUUAUAGCUGACAGACAGCCAUAAAUUUUUUUACCCAACCCAUGAGCUAGUCAAAAACUUGAUUACCCAACCCAUAUCCAUAUACCAACCCCGGGUAUAAAUAAUGAACAGUCCCUUAGACAAUGUUUAUUUUUAAAAUUACUUUGCCAAUGAACUCAUAGGAUGGGUCUAAGUUGGUGAGUUUGAAUUUUCUUUACCAUAAAAUCAUAAAAAUUUGGUUACUUAAAACGUUUUAUGUGUAACAUGUUAUGCUCCAUUAUUUUAAACAGCUAAGUGUCGUUAGAGGUGCUGGCAAAUUUGUACCAAAUCCAACAUACUCCAAUUAUGUGUACAAAACAGUCGAACAGCGUGACAAGGUAUGGCUUUAUUUAUUCUGGAUAGAUCUAUCAGUAAAGUUAAAAAUUUUAAAUUAGCUUUAUUGGAGAAAACCUAAACUGAACUAACUUUAUUUAUACUGGAUAGCUUUAUCACUUCUAAACUGUUCUCCCUAGAGGUUCAGUAAGGAUCAUCUCUUAUUGAUCCAGUGUUACUACAGGAGGAAACCUAAACUAAACUAACUUUAUUUAUACUGGAUAGUUCUAUCAGUUCUAAACUGUUCUCCCUAGAGGUGCAUUAAGAAUCCUUUCUUAUUGAUCCAAUGUUACUACAGGAGGAAACCUAAACUAAAUUAAUUUUAUUUAUACUGGACAGCUUUAUCAGUUCUUAACUGUUCUUCCUAGAGGUACAGUAAGGAUAAUCUCUUAUUGAUCCAGUGUUACUACAGGAGGAAACCUAAACUAAACUAACUUUAUUUAUACUGGAUAGCUCUAUCAGUUCUAAACUGUUCUUCCUAGAGGUCCAGUAAGGAUUAUCUCUUAUUGAUCCAGUGUUACUACAGGAGGGAACCUAAAUUAAACUAACUUUAUUUAUACUGGAUAGGUCACACAUGCCCUAACUAAUAUCCCAUCAAAUGCACAAUAAGAAAUAAAAUUUAAUUUUCUCUCCUGAGGUUUGCGUGCCAAAGAAAGUUGAACGUGAACCAUACACUGGCCCAGUGGUACAAAUCCCUCAAGCCAAAGUUCCUACUGCGGUACCACUGUCUCCCAUACAGUACUCCAAGAAAGACAGAGAGGAAAAAGUCUCACGGGUGGGACAUAGGGAUCUACACUCUUCUGGAUUCUCCUUAGCAGGUGCUUUGUACAUCACAUCUCAUUAUACCAUAUCAUACCAUACUAUUCCAUACCAUGUCCUCAUUAUACAAUACUGGUCCCCCCACCCGCUUACAUUUGACCAAAAUGUUUCAAAACAUGUUUUUAACUGGUUUGCUAAUAGAAAUGGUUUCCAACAAAUUUAAGAAAGUUUGGAGUGGUUUGGGGCUCUUUAUGAAUUUUGAAAAUUUCUUAUUGUCGCGCGUUUGUUCACCCCUGGGUCAUCAUUCAUCUACCUAUACUAUCCAGGCUCGUGGUUGGUUGAUUAUAGCAAUGAAAGACAAUAAAACUAUAGAAAUCGUCUUUGUAAAGAACGAGUCACGAACAAUGACACGAACAUUUUUGUUUCUGAAAGCCAAUCACAAAACAUGAGCAUUUUAGGGGCUGAUUACAUGGACCGGGCCAGCCCGGUUGGUUAACCGGGCUGAAAAAUGUCACGAAAAUCUUCCUUGGGCCGCAAAAUGAGUUUUAAAUCUGGUUUAGGAUGAUUUUGCAUCUAUACUAAACCAAUUAUUUAUCGCAAAUUUAUUUUACGCGAGUUUUAAAACCACAGUAAGGUCCUAAACAAACGAGUCAGCCCGGUUAACCGGGCCAGCUCGGCACCAUGUAAUCAGCACCUUAGGUAGGCCUUUACCCCUGGGUGCCUACCGCCACUUUGAAAUCUAUGGCAUGUUAGCUGAAAAGUCCUAAAAUUUUAUUUUCCAUCCUUUAGGAGGACAAGUUGAUGACGACCAGCCGUUCCGACCUUCAUCUCGUGUACACAAACCUCCUGGUGGUGGAUCCUCUUUCUCAUUAGGAUAGAAAACGUACUUGUAUUUAUUUAGCAGUUGUUGACGAAUGUAGUGAAUUGUAGUAAAUUUGAGGCAUUAUGAAUGCUCGUGAAUAUAUGUUAUUUUUCAA